ACGACGCAGCGCCGUUCGACUUCCUCUGUGCUGUGGCGGCGAGCCGGCGGCAUGAAGGCGUCCGGUACACUUAAGGAGUACAAAGUAGUGGGGCGUCUCCUGCCCUCGGCCAAGAACCCUGCCCCUCCGCUCUACCGCAUGAGGAUCUUCGCUCCCAAUCAUGUGGUGGCCAAGUCUCGCUUUUGGUAUUUUGUCUCUCAGCUGAGGAAGAUGAAGAAGGCCUCUGGGGAGACCGUCUAUUGUGGAGCGGUGCACGAAAAGACUCCGCUGAAGGUGAAAAACUUUGGCAUCUGGCUGCGCUACGACUCCCGCAGCGGUACCCACAACAUGUACAGGGAGUAUAGGGAUCUGAGCACCUCUGGGGCUGUAACUCAGUGCUACCGGGAUAUGGGAGCGCGUCACCGUGCUCGUGCUCAUGCCAUCCAGAUCAUGAAGGUCCAGGAGAUUGCUGCCAACAAGUGUCGCAGACCUGCCAUCAAGCAGUUCCACGACUCCAAGAUCAAGUUCCCGUUGCCACACAGAGUCCUGCGCCGUCAACACAAGCCCCGGUUCACCACCAAGAGACCCAACACCUUUUUCUAAAAAAAAAAAAAAACAAAAGUGUCAGCCCUUUUCAAAAUGUGCUGCAGAAUAAUAAAAAAAAAACUUGUUUUGAUUCUUUAGAGGUGAAAAUGUGUUUGGCAUAUGUAUCAAUUUAAAGCAAACCCAACGGGGCAGAUUUUCAAAUAAAGCAGUAAAAACGAUA